AUGCGUCGUAGAAGGGGACUCACAUUGCUUGAUGAGUCCAAGAAGAAAGUACCAGUGAACAGUUUGGACGAUUUGCCUUCUCACAAUGGUUUUUCUAUGUCAGAGAUCAAUGAUGCACUAAAUGAUCACAAUUUGGUUGAACAUCACAUUCUGUGGGCUAAUUACUUGAGCAAUCAGACUGGCUAUUUCAAGUCGAGCAUCAAUUUAGAUAUAUAUUUGCCUAAUGGAUACAUCUUCGCAUUGUUAAGUCCACUGCAUUGGACGUUAAAGUAUUUGAAAGAACAAUUGUUUAAAUAUGUAAAGUAGGUUAAUGUUAACUUGAUAGCUUAUUUCAUAUAACUUACUGUAACUAUUGUUAUACUUGUAGGAGCUGGAUUGAAGAACAAGGUAUAGAACCCGAUGAUUAUAUAUUUUCUUCAGUAGGAGAUAACGGGGAGCUUCUGGAGCUGUAUGAUGAAGAACGAAGUUUGGACGCCGUUCACAUGUUUUUGCCAUUUCUAAUUUUGGUAAAGAGGAAUGACUUCGCUCAAGAGACGGAGUUGAACGAAAAGAUAGGUAUGUUAACAUAGGGUAAAGCUAUUUGUAAUUUAGGGUUAAUUAUUGACGAGCCUUUGAAACAGUUGGAACCCAAACUGAACCCUGAACUCAAAAACUUUCGGUUGGAGUUGUUUGAGUCGAUUAAACGUGCUGAUGACGAAAGAGGAACAUCAGGAACGUUUCACUACGCUUUCCCCGAAGAGACCAUUCUACCUAACAUUGCUGAUCGUGUCUUCAGUCCGAACAUUCAUUCAGAAGUUCACGAGGAAGAUGUGGAGUUCUGGUGGUAUCCGAGUUUACCGAGCGAUGCUGAUCAGAAAGCGAUGCAAGCGUUGAAGAAGAAGGUUGAGAGGUCUCGAAUAGGGAUUGAAGUGUGGUACAGGGAAAACGAAGAAAGCGAGCAAGGGAUAUCUGUUGGAAUCAAGGAGAUCUUCGAUAAAACGCCUUCGGACAUAAUCCGUUGUGCUUUGAACAUGUUAGGGAAGGUACUGCUUAAUAUACAUAUUAUUAUCUAGUUUUCGAUAACGAUUUAACCUUCUUUUUUAGAGAGAUAAUCCAGCAGAGUUCAUCUUACAAGUUGUUGGCCGAAAUGCUUUUGUUACGUUGCACAAACCUAUAUUAAAGUUUGAAGUAAGGGUUGCUGCUUAUUGUUAUUUUAAUUAUAAUAUGUUCAAAAAUUAAUGUUUUUCAAAAUCACUUUGAUAGUAAAAACUGAUCUUUCAGUAUAUUCGAUCUUGUUUUGAGAAUUACCGUGAGCCAAAGUUGUUGUUACGUCGAAAGAAUGUCAUCUUUGCUCAAUUUCCACCGCCUCCAGAAGUCUUUACAGUAAGUUAAAGGAGAAAGCAAGUGUAAUUUAUUGUAGCCUUCUUACAUUCGUGCUGAUGAGUUUUCCCGGAAGUAUCCUUGUACUACAAAACUAAAGCCGGCAUGUUUUUGGGAUUUGGACCAGGUGCUGAGCAUAAUCAUUAGAGGCAUAUCAAACAUUCAAGAGUACGACUCUGUCAAAUUGUAUGUAAAGACGAUUCUGGCAGCCGGACGACAUAUUUUGGACAGUCAAGAUACAGCUCCUGUAGCGUCGAAUUCUUUCCGCCAGGCUGCUAUUAACGUGGGUACCUUUUAGUUUUUAAAAUUUCAGAAUUAAAGAUGCUAUUGGAAGCUUUAAGUAAAGGUGUUUUAAUCAGAGUUCGAAAGUUUGGCUUUUUAGUUCAAUGUUUACAUGAAAGACGUUCCGGAGUCCGCCCAGAUGUGUUUCUUGUUAUACUCGGCUUCGAAGAAGAGUAGUGCCGACGAUGAGAUGUUGGCGUACAUGAAUGUGAGAUUGUUCGAUUGGAAGAACAUGUUCUGCCAAGGAAAGAACACAUUCUACUUGAGACCUCCGCCUAAGGGUGCAGAUGUAGCAUCGAUCUUGUUACUUCCUUGUGGCAGUAACAUUUGUCACAAUUCUGUCAGACUUGAGGUCGAGUUUCCAGAAGUUCCUGGACGAGAGUUGGAGUUCCCAGACUGGGAGAUCAUCGAGAAGUUCAGUCAGUUCACUAGGUGUAGACAGGUUGAAGAGGAAGAAAAUAAUGUUUUGGAGCCUAUAUUAGUAUGUUUGAUGUCACAUUCCUGUCUUUAUAUUGGUUUUGCACUUCUUUCUACGACUCUUCCUAAAUUUAUAAUUUUAGAGAGAUUCUGAUGUCUUGGAGAAGUUUUUGAAGCUGCGCAACGAACUGGAUGGCUCAAAAUUGACAAUAGACGAUCAGAACUUUUUAUGGGACUACAGGUGACAUUUUAAAAUAAUUUACAUAUUUUUAAAAAUAUUGUGUUAUCUAAUAAACAUAACUUGAAGAUUAAUAUAAUAUACUGAAUUCAGACUGAAGAUCCAAGAAUUGUUCCCUCAGAUGAUAUUGAUCCUGGCCGACACUCCUUUGGUAUACAGUUGUCGGGAGAAACUGUGCGAGUUUUACAAUUUACUGAACACCUGGCCACAACUAUACGUGGACACAGCUAUAGAGUUGUUGGAUGCCAGGUUCUCUGACCGUUACGUUAGAGCAUUUGCUGUGAGACAUUUAGACAAGAUCAUUGACAAUGAUCAGAUGCAGCUAUAUCUACUGGCUCUAGUGCAAGUGAGUGUUUUGUUACCUGCUUAUAAUUGUAUUGUAACGUAGACUUUAACAUGAUAUUGUAGUGUCUUCGCUACGAGCCUUAUGCAACAUCCCCGUUGGCUGAUAUGUUGGUACGACGUGCUUUAAUGGACUACAAGGUUGGUCACACGUUCUUAUGGUUGAUGAGGUCAGAGCUGGCCUUGUUCUCUGAGGAUGAUCCGAUGUGUUUGAAGUACAGAUUUGCUUUGAUGUGCGAGGCGUACUGUAGAGGGAAUGCACUUUACUUAAACUCAAUGACAAAACAAGUAAUGAUGGUUAACAAGCUGACAGAACUGAGUACUUUGGUCAAGGCUUUUAGCAAAGAAGUUUCGUCGAAGGUACAGUAAUAUUUGUAAUUCAGAUUUGCCACAUAUACGGAAAUAUUCUGAUAUUUGCUCUAUCUAAUUCUAUUCUAUGUAAUUGCAGAAGUUACAAGCAGAACUGGUGGACUGUGUCAGUGGGAUGCAGAACAUGCAAUCCCCUUUAAAUCCGUGUGAAUGCCUAGGAGAGAUAGAGUAAGUUACAGUAGAACAGCUAUAACAUCUGAUUACAGUAUCAGCGCCUGCAAAGUUCUCGGAAGUGCAAAAAUGCCCUUAAGGUUAAGGUGGAAGAACCCAGAACCCUUUUCUCAGCUGACCAAUCCAGUCCACGAAAUCAUUUUCAAAAACGGAGACGGUAGGUGAUGUUUUACAUCAGAUGUAUUUGGAUGACUUCAGAGUAAUCAAAAUAAUCUUUUAGAUCUGCGACAGGACAUGUUGACAUUGCAAGUGAUGCGAAUUAUGGAUGCAAAAUGGAAGAACUACAAUAUGGAUUACUGUUUAACCGUCUACGAAGUGUUACCCAUGGGAGAGAACGUAAGCUAUUUUUAAUAUAAACGAAACAUUAUUAAUUUUGCAAUAAAAUACAAUUUAUAAUGUUUCAGUAAAGCUUUGUUUACACUAGAAUAAGCUAUAAUAUUAAAACUUAUCCCUCGUUUUUCAGAUUGGUAUGAUUCAUGUUGUGCAGAAUUGUGCCACGAUAUUUCAAAUACAAUGUGCAUCUACACAGCUGGGAUCUACGUUCUCCAUGGAUCAGCAGCUCAUCAACAAGCACAUAUACGACUUGUGCACGCAAGAUAAGGUGCUCAAUUCUAAGAAGUACAUGGAGUGUGUGGACAGGUUCUCCUUCUCAUUGGCUGGCUACUGCGUGGCUACAUAUGUCUUGGGGAUUAGAGAUCGUCAUCAAGACAACUUGAUGUUGGCAAACGACGGAAGAGUAUGUUUGUGAGCAUUUUGCGUCUUUGAAGUCUUUUAUAGCCUUUGCAUUUACAUAUUUGAGAAAUGUAUUAUUAUACAUGUAUAUGUUAAAUUUCAGCUGUUUCAUAUUGAUUUCGGACACAUUUUGGGUCACAACAAGAAGAAGCUGGGUAUCAACAGGGAACGCACCGACUUCAUCCUUACGGACCACUUCUUGUGUGUAGUAUCUCAUGGGAAGGACGACUUUAAAGGAUCGUACAUGUUCAAAACGUAAGUCAUAGUACAAUCUAUUAAAAAUUAAACUACCUAAAAUAUAUUUAUUAUAGUUUUUUAAGUAAUAACUCAUUUUUUUCAGAUUCCGUGAAAGUUGUGCUCAAGGGUACCUAGUUCUACAUUAUCAUAGACGAUUCUUCCUCGCUCUAUUCAAAAUGAUGCGUUGUAUGGGCUUACCAGAGCUACAGCGAGAUGAAGAUAUCGAGUACAUGUACACAUCGCUACAGUACGAAAAGGUGGAACGCCAGAGUAUCUUGAACUCAUUCUUUGAGGUGUUCGAUGGUGUCGUCAAGCACGACUGGUCCACCACUGUCAAUUGGUUUUUCCAUUCAGUGAAACACCACAAAUAA